AUGUCAGGAACUGAAAAGUUGUCUCCACGAUGUUUCAAAGGUGAUAAAAUUUUGCCUGUGAAUUACCAAAAUAAUAAAAAGGCAUGGAUGACAUGCACUAUUUUUUCUGAUUGGUUGAAGAAUUUAAACCAAGAAAUGAAAGCCCAGAAGCGAAAAAUUUUAAUGUUUGUGGACAAUUGUACUGCUCACAAUAAUAUGCCCGAGCUAAGCCACAUUAAACUCGUGUAUCUGCCUGCGAAUACGACAAGUAAAUUGCAGCCAAUGGAUCAAGGCAUCAUCAACAAUUUCAAAAUUUAUUACAGAAAAGAAGUUGUUCGACAUGUUAUUAAAUCUAUAGAAGACAAUCAGUGCCCACAAAUCGAUGUUCUUCAGGCGAUGAGGUUUGCUAGGAAGGCUUGGUUUUCUGUGACCAAAACUACUAUAGCAAACUGCUUUAAAAAUCUGGAUUUAAAUCUAAAGUAA